GUCAAAGACCCGGACGGAGCGAAAGGAAGGAAGCAGGAGCACGCCGAUACACACUCGGUCUCCAGUUACAAAAGCGGGCCUGAACAGCUUCCCGUCAUGUCGAAAAAUCAGGAAAGCAGUCCCGUGAAGAUUAGCAAGAGCCAGGCCAAUGACCUGGCUCAGCUAAUUGCUCGCAUGCAGAAGAAUGCGGAUCGAGUGGAGAAGGACAUCCUAAGUGCAGAAGAUCUGCUGGCUGUGGACGCCCAGCGUGAGGGGAGGAACCAAAAACUGAUCCACCAGAAGGAGAACUCAGACAACCUGGCGGAAGCCGAGGGCCUGCUGAAGGACCUCUUUAUGGACGUGGACAAGGCUAAGCGUCUGAAGCACCCGCAGGCCAACGAAAUAGAUCGAGAUGUGAGGAAUCUUCACGACCGCUGGGUGAAGGACUGCGCUACCUACAGAGAUCUGUACGAUCAGGUGCAAGACUUGGUGCCUGUGUCAAGAAUAGACUGGGGUACCGCGUUGGAGGAAAAACAGCGGCGUUUAGACACUGAAGGAUACGGUCAGAGUCUUUCUGAUGUUGAAAAACAAAUAGCGGCUCACAACAUUCUGCAUAAAGAAAUUGAGGCCUACAGCGAGCAGUUGAAGCCCAGCACGUCUUCCCAGGGCCAAUAUGCCACGCUUAAAGACAAAUACGAUCAACUGUUGGAGAGCUCCAUAAAGAGACGCAACCACCUGGCCUCUCUGUACGAAUACAUGCAAAGUUGCAGCAAAGAGCUAGACUACCUGUCUCAGCAGAAGGACAGGAUCCUGCAAAGAGACUGGAGCGAUCGCAUGGCUGACCCACCGAGCGUCCGCAUGGAGUAUGAGAAAUUCAAAAGCAAUGGGCUGCUUUCACAUGAGAGUGAAGUCAACCAGCUCCUGGAAGAAGCAGACCGUUUGGCAGACAAAAGACAUCCUGGCAAUUCGGCAAUAAUGGCACAUAAAAGCACAGUGCAGAGUGGAUGGCAGUCCUUCCUCAACUUGUGUCUAGCACAGGAAGCCCACCUGGACAACGUUGAAGAGUACCGGAAGUUCCAGCUGGAUGCAGAGACCUUGGCCGAGUCCCUGGACAGACUCACCCAAAAUUUAGACCCCAAGUUAUUGGACAGCAAGAGCAAAUCAGAGGCACUCUUGGAACUUCAGGGAGACGAGCCAGCGGUGAAGAGGAACGAGCAGCGCCUGGCGGCCCUCAGAGAGCUCAGUCAAGGCAUAGCGCCUCUGAAGCUACGUCGGAGCAAUCUCACCAAACCUACGAAAGUCGUAGCUCUGUGCGACUGGGACGAUGAAAAUGGAACUGUGCGGCGUGGUGAUGAGCUCACGCUAAAGUCAAUCUAUGAUAAGGAAAAGUGGGAGUUGCAGGAUAGCAGCAAGAAAACCAAAAGGCUGCCAGGAGCAUGUUUCAUGGUCCCACCACCUGACCCUGAGGCCCUGGAGAAAGUUAACAGUUUUGAGAGAAAGCUGUUAAACCUGAAGAAUCAGAGAUCAGCUAUUAUGAACUCACUGAAGACCCCCGUCGUGGAGGUGGAUCGACCUCAGCGUGCAGUUUCUGUACAAAGUGUGCAAGAAGACCCCAAAGCUACAUUGCUAGCCAGACAAAUAGAUGAGCUUCACUACAAUCUGGAUCUUUGUAAAACGGACAUCGAGAAACGACUGAGAGCUCCUCUGGACAACCGCAACCCUGCACUAGACCUGGAAAACAGGCUGCAAGAUCUUAAGAAAUCUUCACUGACGGCAAGGAAGCUCGAGUCAGAGAGAGCUGCAAUUCAGAGAGACAUGGACACUAUUUUGGCCAAGAAACCAUUUGGACCCAAUGCCGCAAUCCUGCCGCUCAAACUCUCUGCUGCCAACACCAAAAUGGACGACAUCUACAGCCUUAUUGAUCUUUACGACAAAAAAGCUUCGGCCUCGAUGUUCUUGGAGAAGCAAAUGCAGAAGGUAGAAGGCAUGGUCUCCGGUUUCGAACAGAAGCUUGCGAAAGAUGGCAUCAUUCCCAACCAAGCAAAUGCCCUGACAAGUCGCAGCCGUCAGCUGCAGGACAUCCGCCAGGAAGUUCUCUCAAACAAGGAUGAGUUGACAACAUUAGGCAGAGACUUGGAUCUUACAAAGCAAGCGUGCAGUACCCUGCAGCAGAAUUUCAACGUAUACUGCCCUGACAUUCGACGCCAGGAGAGCGAAGUGAAACAUCUGAAAAACCGCUUCACCAAUGUCAGUAAUCAGCUACAGGACAGGUCUACCCUCAUACAGGAAGCUAGUAAUAAAAACCAAGACUUCCAGAAUGCUACUCAGUUGCUGGAUUUCUUUUUGGUCAAUUUACCAAAUAACACAAUAGAACCGACUGACAACAUGGCUGAGAUAACAGGCAAACACAACUCCCAGAGGAAAGUGAUGGAGGACAUUAACAGGAAGUCAGAUGAUGUGCGCCGGAUCAAAGCUCUCUCACGUGAACUCCAAAGCACCUUAACUGAAUACGAGCUCAAAGCAAAAACAUACCGCUGCAUUUUGAAUGAAGACGAUGAUGAAGAUGAUGACGAUGACAAUGAAGAACCCAUUUUGAAAAAUCGUCAAACCUCAACGAUGGCCCAGGCGGUGCAGAUGAAGGAAAAAGAUUUACUGAACCGUUUCGCUGAGGUGUCUGCAGAGAAUGAGCAGCUUCUCAAUCAGAUGGCCACCGCUAAGAACAUCAUUCGUAGGAACGAAGAAAAAGCCAGCAGUGUUGUUGUCAAUCAGCAGCUGCAACUACAAAGCCAGAUGAAGGAUUUGGAAGAGGCCGAGAUCAUGAAGAAAGAACUGAAUGAGGAGAAGUCUCGUCGCUUACAUGCUGAAAAUGACCUGGAAACAUACAGACAAAGAUACCUGUUAUUGAAGAGCAGGAGAGGGGUGGAAAGGUUAGAGGAGAAGGAGGUGGUGCAGUAUUAUCGUGACCCAAAAGUGGAAGCAGAACUAAAGGCUCUGAAAAACAGGGUCCAAGAUGAAGGAUUGAAGAAAUCGAGAACCCAUUCAGAAAUUGACAUUCUAAAUCAGAAAAUCGUGAUUGUAGAAAAACAGCUCUCUGGUGUUGAACCUAAACUCUUAACCAAAGUAGUCACAGAAUAUGAAAGAGACCCACAGCUGGAAAAAGAAGCGUUACGGAUUCAAACUGAGAUUCAGAAGAUACGCCUGGAACUCCAAACAAGAGAGUCAGAGACCAUUCAUGUGAAAAAAGAGUUUAGUCUCCUGUCUCAGCAGAAACAGAAAAUCAAAGAGAAAGUUGUAAAGAAGGAAGUGGUGAGGCUGGAAAAGGAUCCCGAAAUGUUAAAAGCUGUUUUCGCAUUCAAAAAUGAAAUUGCAGCAGAAGAAGCACAUUGUCUGUCGCUCAAUGACAGCAUUUUUAGCAUUAGGAGUCAGAUCAAUACACUAGAGAGGAUCAUUCCCACCAUCGAACCAAAAAUUGUCACGAAAGUCGUAAAGAAAGUACAACAAGAUCCAGAACUGGUGAGUGAGUCAAAGAAACUACAUAUGGCCUUGGAGGAAGAGAAGGACGAAAAUGUUAUUUUGUUGAAAGACUUGACCACGCUUCAGCUGAGAUACGGUGAAGUGGAGAAACUGCGCCCUAAAUUUGAAGUCAAAGAGGUGAUCAAUGAGAUUUUCCGAGUGGAUCCACAGACAGAAAUGGAGCUGCAACGUCUGAAUAAAGAUCUGCAGGAAUGUGGACGAAGACGCACCAUUUUAGAGAAAGAAACCGAGGUGUUGUUGACCUCUCUGACCACGCUGCGUUCUCAGAAACCCAAAGUUGAAUACAAAGAAGUGACCCAGGAGGUUAUCAAAGAAGAGAAAAGUCCCGAAAUCAUUAGAGAGUUACAGCGGCUGAGCAACCAGGUUUCACGUCUUAAAGUCAACUUUGACACGACUCUGGAGUUGCUGUUGCACUUACGUAAAGAAAGAGAUGAACUGAAAGCUGAAAAAUCCAAAGUGGAGACCAAACUUGUGAAUAAAGAGGUUAUCAAAUAUGAGACCGAUCCCCUGUUGGAAAAAGAGGUUAACAGACUCCGGAGGACCGUUAGAGAAGAGACUCAACAACGUCGCAAUGUGGAGGAAUCUCUCUUUGACCUUCAGAAUCAAUACAUUAUUCUUGAGCGGCAGAAGCCAGAGGAGAAGACAGUGGUACAGGAAGUUGUGCGUCUUCAGAAGGACCCCAAGCAGAUACUGGAGCACGAGAGGUUAAACAAGGCUCUAGAUGAUGAAGUCAAAGGUCGAAGAAAGCUUGAAAUCGAGGUGAGACAGCUCCGAGCCCUGGUUCAAGAAAAGGAAACCACUGUGGCUCAGAUGGAUGAACGCCAGAAGAAGAUCCAGAUUGAAUCAGAGCUACGGCAGAUCAAAGCUCAGAUUCAUGAAUUUGAGACUACUCCAAAACCUGUUGAGGAAAAGAUUGUCAUUGAAGAAGUCCUGAAAGUGGAGAGGGACCCAAAACUGGAGAAACUCAUGGAUGAUAUACGUGUUGAGAUGGAAGGAGAAGCAAACUUACUCAGUCGCCUACAGAGAGAAAUCAGCAGCCUGAAGAUGAAGCUGGAAAUGCUGGAAAAGGAAAAGACAACAGAAAAGAUUGUUUACAGAGAAGUUGUGCGUGUGGAGAAGGACCCGGCAGUGGAAGCUGAGAGGGAGCAUUUGAGAGAUCUUGUUGUGCAGGAGAGAAAUAUGAGACGUGACAAAGAAGACAAUCUUCAGAGCUUUAGAAUUAAAAUUUCCCAUCUGGAGACAUCCGUAUCUGUUAUUUCUCAAGAGGAGACAACUCUAAUCGUCACCAGAAAUAACCUCCAAAUGGAGAAAGAAGACCUUCUGAAACAACUCAAAAUGCUUGAGGUUGAAAGGCAGAACAUCAGCAUCAAUUUCCAGCAACAGUCCAAGCUCAUGAGUGAGAGAACUCAAAUAGCUAAGCAGAGGAGUCUUAAGGCAUCCUCUGAAAUCCAGCGCCUGGAGAAUGAGAUCCUUAAUGAAAAAGACAAACACCACCAAAAGGAGGUUCUAAUUAUGGAGUUGAAAGAAAGUGUCAGAAAGGAGGAUCAGGCUGAAACUCACACCAGAGAGACAAACCUCUCGACAAGAGUCACCAUCUUAGAUCCCGACACUGGUAAAGACAUGGCUCCCUACGACGCCUAUUUGAACGGGUUAAUAGACCGCAACCAGUACAUAAACCUGUCAGAACUGGAGUGUGAUUGGGAAGAAAUCACAUCCACCGGUCCAGAUGGGGAUUCAACAAUUCUGCAAGAUCGUAAGAGUGGGAGGCAGUACGCUGUCAAAGAUGCCCUGAGAGAUGGCCGCUUGACCCAGUAUGAUGUAAUGCGCUACAAGGAGGGCAAAAUGCCCAUUUCCGAAUUUGCUCUUCUUGUGGCGGGGGAAACGAGAAAACCUUUUGUUCCCCCAUUAACAAGCCCCAAAUCCCCUUUCAAAUCCAUCCCAAGUUCUCCCUUUAACUCCACACCACCUCCGCUGUUGUCGUCCCAGACCAGUCUCAACAGUCACAGUGACAGUGUUAACAACCUCUUUGCUUUAGCUGAUGAGCAAUUCCCUAUCUCUGGUAUUUUUGACACCUCGACGGAGAGCCGUAUGUCGGUGAGAAGCGCCUUAACCCGUAAGCUCAUCGACGCCGACACCGCUCUGAAGCUGCUGGAAGCACAGGCGGCCUCCGGCGGAAUUGUCGAUCUCACCAAGAAGGACAAACUGUCGGUCCACAAAGCAGCUGAACACGGCCUCAUUGACAAUGCUCACAUGUAUAAGCUUCUAAACGCGCAGAAAGCGUUCACCGGGAUUGAAGAUCCACUGACCAAAGAGCGUCUCUCUGUGGGAACGGCAGCGCAAAAAGGGUACAUACCCUCUGAAAAUGCCAGGUGGUAUAUUGAGGCGCAAUACUUGACCGGAGGUUUGGUCGAUCCCACCAAAGCUGGCCGACUCACUCUCCAAGAAGCCGAAGCAACCAACGUGAUCGAUAGCAAGACUGCCGAAGAGCUACAGAAUGAGGCCACCUACCCAAAAAUUCUGCUUGACCCCAUCAGCAAAGAGAAAAUCUCAUAUAAGCAGGCGAUGGAUAAGUGUAAGCUUGACAAAAGCACAGGACUAUUGCUCCUCCCUGCAGCCUCGAGUGAUGAAACCGAUUCUCCGUCAUACUCCAACUUUCGCUUUGUUUCAGGUCGCAACAGAAUCUGAGUUAUGAGUUUAAGAGGAGUUAAAUGUUUGACAAAGCUUGGUGCUACAGGGUUCAUGGUAUUACUAACACAAAGAUGACCUUAACACACACUGAUAAUGUUAACCUUAAAGUGGAUCUGGUUUAAAUAUAAUUUGGGGGGUUUGCUGCAAAAAUCGGGGUAACGUAUGCCGUUCCAUUCAGGAUUCAAAAGUCAAAUGCAAGAAUCCACACACUUUUUAUUGCUUUCUAUAGACCUGUUUUUUUAAACAUUAGUAUUUGUAUUACUAUAAUAUAUGCAUGUAUAUUGAAUAAAUGUGAAUCCUACUGUAUGUAAUAUGUAUACGUAAUAAUAAAUGGCAAUCUUCAUUAUUUAUGCUUCUUUUUGUACAUGAUGUAAACAGUGUUGUUAAUAACGACGUUUCUAAAGGCGUUAUUUCUUUCAGUAGUGAGUAAUCUAAUUAAAGGGGAAAUGUGAACUAAGGUUGGCCAACCAUGUUUUUGAAUAAUAUCAAUGGCUAAACAUUUAUAAGCAUAUUUUCGUUUUGUUUUUUUUAACGCAACCCAUCCAGAUUCUUUGUUUAACCCAUAGCAACGCCCUUGACCAUGAAAAUGCUUUUCUUUGGCAAUCUUCGGAAAUCUUCGGAAAUUACGUCACACCGGGAAGUGCGAGGGAAGUCCGCCAUAGAACAGUAUUGUUUGUUGCAUUGCUUCUCGGUAAGAUGCCACGGCGGUGUGUAGCGAUGUUUUGUUCUCACUCAAACGAAAAGUUGUAUGAGUGGCCAAAGGAUAGCAGGGCACGUAAAUGGACAUCUUUCGUUCGCACGAAGCGAAUGAAUUUCACGCCAUCAUCGAGUAGUGUUCUCUGCUGCAAACACUUCGAAGAUGCCUGCUUCCUUAACCGGUCUGCUUAUGAUCUAGUAUUUGCCAAAAAGUAAGUGUGAUUUUUGGAUAGGUGACUGAUGACUUUGUCAAAGCAGAGCUGCCAACUGUUGUGGAAUGUACAGUAGAAGCUAGCGACGUUAGCCGAAAGCCAACUCGUGGCAUUAGUCGUGGCAUAGUUGUUGUUGUGUUCGCUAGUGUUACGUCCCAAGGACGGCUCGCGAAGGACGUAACAUAAAACGAGCCACACAAUUUCACAAGUGGCACAAAUUUAUUUACACAACAAUCAAACUCGCAAUGAAUAUGUACAAAAUGUGGAUGAAGCGUGGCUUCAGGGUAAGCCCAGGCAAAAACAACAAACAAAAGGAAUCUACACUUGAACCCCACCCGCUAACUAAACCCUGAUCAUGAAAAAGAACAAAGAAAAGACAGCCACUAACCUAGCUUCUUACGCUGAACACAACAGGAGAAAACGGGUUGAACAGAAAUGGCGACUUACACCUAUUGCUUCCGUGCUCUUAUUUACAGUGGUGAACAAAAACGAUCCAAUAACGAAUAAACACAAAAGACCUCACCGAAAAAGCGGGAGUGUAUCAGACUAGCGAUCAAAUGCAAACGAGCGUGAAUGGCGAGCAAACAGCUGGCGAGGAGGACCGCGGCAGAAUGCUGUGAAAUGCGACCUCCCAGAGCGUUGACAGCGGCAGGUUUACAUCGCCGGUGAGUUUGUGCACAUUUAUUUGUAUUUAUAUUAUGUAUUUCCACCUUCAUGCUUCAAGCAUUGCAUUGCAUUUGUAGCGACGUUUCACGGUGAUCGCUUGAUAGCCUUCUAGUUUGUUUUUCGCGAGAGCCGCUGACAGGUGACAGCGAGCGUGUUGGCAAUGAGUCAAUCUCGCAGCGAAUCAGCGAGCGGCUCAAGUCACGCAGUGAAUCAUGGGAAAUGUAGUCUCGGGACAACACUGAAGUGGUGCUUUGUAAUCCGUUUGCUUGUGUGAAAAAACUACAUUUCCUCACGCCAUUAGACGCCACUUACUGCCGAGAGCCUCAGCUACUGUUAGCUCCAUGUGUUAAUAAAGAAACAAAGUUGUAAGCACGUCGUAUGUUCGAUACCUUUGUCAACAAAACGCUCAUAACAAGACACUAUGCAUGAUCCAUUUAAGAGACGCUGGGACUGGAAAUAGUAGCUGGUAGUACGAGGCGAGGCGGAGAUGGGCGAGAAGCAAAACUUCGCGGUCGAAUGUGGCGGCAGUCCGCUAUUAUUUUGUUUUCUUAUUGUUGCCACAAUAAAGUGGAGAAAGCCAUCAACGACUCAAUCCCCCCCCCAAACGUUUUUAUAUUAUUAUUUUAUAUGCAUGAGCACUGCCGGAUCUGCCAAAAUGAACAUGCAGUCUGAUUAUUAUUUUUUUAAACAAUGUCAUCAGAUAGACAAAAACAUAAAAUUAUGUGCAAAUGCCUGCAUCUUCAAAUCAUGAAAAUAAUAACAGCCUAUAUCUUACCAAUCUUGUAAUCUCGAUGGGUUUUGUCGAUGUCAGGUAGUCUAGGCACAUUGUUUGCAUCCUGAUUAGCGUCUGGCUAAUACAUGUUAGGUCCUUCAUAAAAUUCCAACCUCCUCCUCUUCCUCAAACUCUUCAAAAACUUGGAUCUCCUCCCUUGCGCUCGAUCUAUCGCUUAUAUCGCUGUUUGAAUCAUUGUUUGAAGGGCUUUGUAUGGCGGCCGUAUGGAGCGCUGCCAUCGCUGUUCUCGGUGUGACGUAUCACUUCCGGGUUCGUCCCCUUUCAGGCUCGAACUUUGGAAACGCGAUUAUUUUGUCAAAUAUACAACAUAUAAAUUAUUUUUUCAUGCUUUAUUUGUUGGACAAUGUUUAAUUACUUUAAUUGUGACCCUAUUUGGCAUGUUAUGAAAUUAUUUCACGUUACAGCUUUAAUUACUUUUCCCAUCUUUGCAACGCUGUUACCGUUACUGGGGAUGUGAAGGGGCUUAUUAUUACAAUUUGGUUGAAUGAAGUGCGAGUUGUCUGAUUUGGUCACACAUCAGCUGCCUGGGAGAGAGCAGAGCAGGAAGGGGGAAAGGUGUAGUGAUGUUGUUGCAAACGCGAUGAUGAUUGGCGAUGAUGAAUGCUUCACUGCAAGCUCUGGCAAACAAAACAAGACCGACAGAGGUGGAUAGUAACGCGUUACAUGUACUCCGUGACAUUUAUUUGAGUAACGUUUUGAGAAAAAUGUACUUCUAAGAGUAGCUUUCGAAAGCCAUACUUUUUACCAUUACUUGAGUAGAUUUGUGAAGAAAAAACGCUACCCUUACUCCGCUACUUUGGGUUACACAGGAGUCGUUACAUUUUUCCUCUUUUUUCUACAUAUUAGAUUUAUUUAAUUAUUUUUGCUAGCAAUGCUAUUGCCAAAAGUAGCGCUACUAAUUUCACCAAUGAGACAUCGCAACAAUAAUCACAUGACUCCAUUUCACCAAUCAGAGGCAAGCCUUCAGUUCUAUGCUUACGCAAGCCUGUUCAAUCACGCGUCUUUAAAGCACCAUAGCAAAUUAAGUAAGUAUUUGACAUAGAGCGCUGCCCUCAACAUGAAUCGAAAUCGCGGAUUUAAAACUCUCGCCCAGUUUUUACUUGGCACCGACUGACCACGGAAAACCGGAGAUAUGAUCCUUUUAAUUUCAUAAUAGUUACUAUGAAGGAACUACAGUAUUCACUACUCAAACUAGGAACUAUUUUCUCCACUAGAGGGCGGGGCACUCAUGCUCUUUGGACAAAUAAUUCUUCAUUAUUAUUAUUUUUUUUCUGUCUUUGAUUUAAUGAUUUUUAUUUAAAUAUUUCUUUGGCUUUAUGUUGUUAUGUAAUGCUUUGUGGUACAGUUCAACAACAGUUCAUAUUUGAGUUUGUGCUGAGACAAAAAAAAUACCAUUGUUUAAAAAGCAGUUAGUUACUCAAAAUGUUACUCAUCACUUGAGUAUUCUUUUCACUGGAUACUUUUUUACUUGUACUUGAGUACAUUUUUUGCAUGAAAACUUUAACUUGAGUAAUGUUAUUUUUAUUAUAAUAAUAUAAAUAAAUAAUAUAUUAUUUUUUACUUGAGUAAAAUUUUUGGCCACUCUACCCACCUCUGGACAGCGAUAAUGGCGACAGGCCAGGGAUUUUCAAAGGUAGUGUUCUCAAACUUGAAUUAUAUUGAA